AGCCUGCAACACACCCCCACGCGUUUCUGUUGCAUCCGUACUUCGCCCUUUUUUCAAAUAUAUAUUUUCCGUUUUCUAAAAUAGUCAAUCAAACCACAAGAAAGCCACGGCAAAAAAAAGUUCUAUUUAAAUUUCUUUGUGAUUUGCUUUCGUUAUUAUCAUCUCCACUUUCUUUUAUGACUUCCGCUCUCUUCUUCUUCUUUUAAAUUGUUUUGUCACGUAACGUGUGGAAGAUAGAGGAGCGUGCAUGGGUCACGCAACACUGCGUAGUACGGAGUGUGCUGUGUGGCGCCCUCGCCGCGAGAGACAGAGCUGAGAACGGACCCAUACACGUAUGGGCGUUUGUUCUACCCCCCCUUUUUUUUUGCAGCAGUGUUUCGAAAAAGGAGCGGCUUCCCCUCAUUUGUUUCAAAAAGAUUUUUAUUGAGGUUCGUGAGUGGGGAAAAAAAGAUUUCAAAAAACAAAAUGUAUCUAAACGUGAGCCUCACACUAUUGUUUUAUUUUGUUAUUAUCAUCGGGGUACCCAAGAGACCAAAUAAUUACCUCCAGUAGAUUUGUCAUAGUGUGUGUGUGUGUGUGUGUGUGUGCGUGCGCGUCAGUGUCGGUGUCUCUGUCUCUGUCUGUGCGUGCCCCUGGAAGGACCCAGUAGAAUAGUUUAAUGGGAGGCAACAGAUCAUUUUAUCAAAAGGGUGCGCUUCGUUGCGCACGCUGAUUCCGCGCGCUUCCGUCAGCCUCGCGGAAUUCACAUUGUUCUGUUUGUGUUCCCCUCCCCCCUCCCCAUAUAUGCCCACGAAUUACCAUUGUCUGUUACCCUGUUUAUGUAAGUUAGGUCAUUUUUAUUUUUAUUUGGCAAUAUCAAAUAAAGUGGCACCAGUAAGCGGACGCGAGGCUUGACACACUAACCUCAACACACACACACACUCACACAUACCCGUUUGAGAGGGCACAGCUCGCUUCCCCCCGUCCUCUUCCUUCCUUCGCGUCGGGUGAGCUCCUGGAAGGGGGAGGUAGAUCGGCCAAUUGGAGUACCCUUGAAUACUUCUCAUUUUCUUCAAAAAGAAAAGAACCCAAUCUCAAAGCGACGACAGAUUAAACAAAAAACAAGCAAACCAACGAGAGAAACUGGAGCCUUCUCCAUAACCACACUCAUCCAGUAAUCAGGAACGCAACCCGGUUCCAGCAGUUUUUGAAGUUUUUUUUCAUGUCGCAGGAAGCGCACCUAUGUGGGCAAGUGAGGGGAGAGCAGACGAAGACGUGGCGUGUUGUGCGGUAUACCGCGCUUGACAUCGUUCUAUGUUCACUCUGUAUUCGACCUCAUCCUGCACCCCAGCCACAUAAGUAGAGUUUCACAAGUGGACUGGUUUCUCUGUUAUUUCCCUUUUGCAAAACUUUUCUCUUCCUUCCAUCGUCGACUUCCUUCGUGGCCUUCCUUUUUCCUUCUCCUGUUCCAUCAACGCGCCUUCUCCGUGCUGUGGAUGACCACACACCCACGCCUCCGCUUCAUUUGCUUUGCGAUUUCUCCUCCCCAUACCACAGAAGAUAGAACAAGCCACGCAGAGAUCACCUGCAUCGCCCCCUCGCCUCCCUCACAUUUUCCUUCCACGGCAAUACCAGCAAAAGAAAACCACGAUUUGCUAGUUUUGUUUUUGUUUUCCUCUCUCUUUUUCCCAGGUUCUACCUCCCUAUUUGCUUACGAGCACCGCUUCUCAGUCACAGCCGUCCAAACCCGCUCGCUUCGUACACCGCCAAGGAACACAGCAAUCCUUACACACCCCCGCAGCUGCGCAUAAUCGUUAUCCGCAACAGCAGCCGUUGCAUCCACCAUGGCGAACUCCGAGCACAGCAAGCCCUCCCCCAACCCGGAGGAUGAAGAGGCACAGCAGAAGAAGGAAGAAGAAAAGGAAGAGAAAAGGGCAGAGAAGAACAGCGGUGGCGCCAGCGUGAUUAUUGCUAUCAUCUGCCUCAUAUUGGAGGCGAUCAUCUUCCUCUUCUGCGUCGUUGGCACGCCCAUCGACGUGUACAAGUCGAAGGUCAAUACGUCGCCGCGGCUGUGCUACUCCAUGUGGGGCUACAAGCGCUGUGGCGCACACAAGGCGAACCCGGAUAAGCUGCCAAACAAGGGCUUCCCGACGUCCAACAUCCGCUCCACAAUGAAUGCCGCCGCCGCCUUUGCAAUCAUCUCCAUCUUCUUGGCGCUCGUGUCGAUGAUUAUGUCGGUACUGCUGGUGUGCAAGUGCCUGUCGCGCAUCAUCCCUGGUGUGUUCUCGGUCAUCGCCUUCAUCACGACGCUGAUUGUGUGGGCGUGCCAGGCCGGUGUGUACUACAAGAAGUACUCUGUCUCCUCUUUUGGCGUGGAGACGAAGAUCAAGAUAAAGGACGGCUUCAACUACGCCGGUUCUUUCGGUCUCUUUGUGGCUGCGUGGUGCCUGCAGACGAUUGAGAUGAUCCUCGUGUUCUUUGCGUGA